AACUUUCAGCAUCUUAUGGAAAGUGACACAUCUCCCCAUUUUUUUCUGCUACCUGAUAAGUUUCCCAAGGCACUUCAUAACUAUAUAAAAUAAUAAAUUAUUCAUGAUAAGUAGUGCAUUCACUGUGGAACAGUUCUUCAUUGCAUUACUUUCUGUUCUCCAAGAUCUUCUAAUUUCAUAAAGAUGUAUGCCACUUCACCUAAGAUUGUGCUUUUGGCAAGUGCUCUGCUGUCAGCACUUCUAGUAAUUGAUGGAUAUCAAAGUGAAAUACUAGUACAACCAAAUGGGCAAAAAAGUCAUAAUCUUAUAAUUGGCCACCCAAGACCCGGUGAUUCGUUACUAUUCGAUCUGAACGUGUACGUGCCAAGGAAACUUUUCAGAAUAGUGGAGAAAGAGAUCAAGUUCCCAAGCCACGGUUCGUACAAUAACAAAUACAUAACAUCGGUGCAGUGCUGGGAUGGAAAGACUGACGGGACGGGAGCGUUCGUAACAUUGAGAAGUGGAGGAUUGGGCGCCAAAAAUGUUACAAUAUUAUUCAAAUCGCAAAGGAGCCAUGGAAUACACCAUUCAGUCAAAAUUUAUGGAAGUUACUAUAGGAAGUGAAAAAGAAAAG